AUGCGGCCCCUCCUUGCGUCCACCGUCGUCUUUUUAGCCCGUCAUGCUUCCGCCCACGGCGGUGCUCUGAACUAUACCGUCGGUGACACAUGGUACCCUGGCUACGACCCCUAUGGCGACCAAAUCAUGCAAGACGCCGCCCCAUGGAUGCCACAACGAAAGUGGAUCUCCAACAACCCCAUCUUCGAAACCACCAAUACGUCCCUAUCCUGCAACACACCCGGCACUCCCGCUCGCGCCUACAUACCCAUCCGCGCAGGCGAAAACAUAACCGCCGUAUACGCAUACUGGGUGCAUACUGUUGGUCCUAUGAUCGCCUGGAUGGCCUACUGCGACAACGCGGAAAACGACUGCACAACCUUCUCCAGUGAGACAGCAAAUUGGUUUAAGAUUGGGGAGAAGGGGUUAUUGGAGGGAAGUAUUGAGACUGGAGAGUGGUUCCAGAAGGCGUUCAGUAUGUGGGAUGGAAGCCCAAGUUUGUGGAGUGAGAUGGUACCGACAGGGUUGAAGGCGGGGAGGUAUCUGGUGAGACAUGAGAUUAUCAGUUUGCAUUCCGCGAAUAAACCGCAGUUUUACCCCGAAUGCGCGCAUUUGGAAGUUAGCAACGAUGGAGAGGAGGGUGUCAUACCUAGCGAAGAAUAUAUGGCCAAGAUUCCAGGAGUGUGGAGUAUGGACCAACCAGAGAUCAAUAUCGACAUCUACAGUCCCGAGAUUUCGACGAAGACGGUAUACAAUAUCCCGGGCCCACCCGUAUGGACAGCGAAGCCGUAG